CUAAUCCUGCUGCUUCCCUGCUCCUGCUGACCUCCUUGCCAUGCACAGGAGCUUCUUGUGGGUGUGAGAGCAGAUGGAGAAGCUGAAGAAGAAGAGGCAGGAGCCCGGGCUGGAUCCUGAGGCCAAACCACGGCGGCCACGGGUGAAGAAGCUGAGUGAGGCAGGGGCUGCAGAGGAGCCCCCAGCCCCGGCACAGGGGGUGAAGAAGGUGAGGAAGAAGAAGGAGGAGAAGGGAGAGGAGGAGAGCGACAGGGACCCCUCCUCCAAAUUCACCAAGGAGCCUCGGAAGAAGAAGGAAAGCCUGGCUCCCCGCUCCCAAGUGCCCAAGGGCUCCAAGAAACCCCAAGAGCCGGCUGAGGAUGAGGAGGAUGAGGAAGAGGAAGAAGAAGAGGUGGAGAAUAAAAACCCGCCGAAAAAGCUCAAGAAGAAGCUCCCCAAAGAGCCCCUCUCCGGCGGGGGGGAGAAGAAGCUGAAGACGAAGGAAGACAAGAGCGACCCUGACAGCAAAGCCAAACCUGCCAAAAGCACCAAGAAGGAGCCCAUGUCCGUGUUCCAGGUGAAGAAGGAGAAGAAAAGCAAGAAGAAAGCUGCCACCAGCAGUGAUGAGGAGGAUGAUUCCGACUCCAGCACCAAACCCAUUAGGUCAGAGAAGAAGAAAAACCCAGCAUCCCUCUUUCAGACUGGUGGGGACCCCCCAAAAGAGAGAAAAUCCAAAAAGAAAGCAGUUCCUCCCAAAGGGGCUGAGAGUGAGGAGGAGACCCCAGAGACCCAGCAGAAAAACUCCAACAAGAAGGGGAAAGCAAAGAAAUCAAAGAAGCAGCAGAAGGAGGAGAGGCCGCCGUCCCCUGCCAUCGAGGUGGACAACCUGGAGGAGUUCGUGCUGCAGCCGGCGCCGCAGGGCGUGACCGUCAAGUGCCGGGUGACACGGGACAAGAAGGGCAUGGACAGGGGGCUCUACCCCACCUACUACCUGCACUUGGACAACGACAAGAAGGUGUUCCUCCUCGCUGGGAGAAAGCGUAAGAAGAGCAAAACCUCCAACUACCUCAUCUCCAUCGACCCCACUGACCUGUCACGGGGUGGAGAGAACUUCAUUGGGAAGCUGAGAUCCAACCUGAUGGGGACGAGGUUCACCGUGUUCGACAACGGCGCCAACCCCGACAGGGCCAACGCUGACUGGUCCAACGUGCGGCAGGAGCUCUCAGCCGUGGUCUACGAGACCAACGUUUUAGGGUUCAAAGGCCCCCGGAAGAUGACUGUCAUCAUCCCUGGGAUGAAUGCUGACUGUGAGAGGGUGCCCAUCCGGCCACGGAAUGACAACGACGGGCUCCUGAUGCGAUGGCAGAACAGGAACAUGGACAACGUGAUCGAGCUGCACAACAAAGCCCCAGUGUGGAACGACGAGACCCAGUCCUACGUCCUCAAUUUCCACGGCCGGGUCACCCACGCCUCCGUCAAAAACUUCCAGAUCGUGCACAGCAGUGACCCUGACUACAUCGUGAUGCAGUUUGGGCGGGUGGCGGACGACGCCUUCACCAUGGACUACAACUACCCCCUGUGCGCCCUGCAGGCCUUCGCCAUCGCCCUCUCCAGCUUCGAUGGGAAGCUGGCCUGCGAGUAGCACCGGGACACCGGGGCUGCCGGGACCACCGGGGCUGCUCCUGCAGCCCCGUCCUGUUCCGCUCCCUGCACUUCCACCUUCUUGCAGUCACGGCUGUUCCUGGCGUGCUUCAAGGCACCUGGUGCCCACCGAGUGCUGUGGGAUGCUCACCCAGCUGCAGCCACCCUGCCCCUCCAGGCAAAUUCGGGGCAAAUCGCUGGGCUGGGGUGAUGGCAGAGCCAGGCUGGAGGUGUAUUCAUAUUCAGCAGAUGAGGCUGACUGCAAUCCCUGUCUCAUCCCAUUGGACUCAGAUCCCGGAAACUCAUCCACCCUACCCCCGUUUUUGUUUUUUUUUUCUUCUUUUGGAUUUUUUUUUGGUUUUUUGUUUGUUUAUUAUGGUUUAUGCUCAGCGUCCCAUUGAGAAGGGGGGAGGUGGUCUCCUCACUUUGUGUCUCCUCAUCCCUGCCCAUAUGCAGGUGGGCUCUGCCUGAGCUCCCAGCUAAAGCCCCUGUCCCAGCUCGUUGCCCACCAAGCACAAAACCUUUCUUUUCCCCCAUUUUGCCCUGGUGUGAGUGAAUGGCUGGUGCCCACGGCGUGUUUGUACCCACUGGGUCUCACCUGGCUGCCCAGAAAUUGCUGGGGCUUUGGGGCCCUAAGCAGCAGCCUGGCACCGGCAGCACGCGGGCACGUGCCGAGGGGUGACAGUGCCAGCAGGGGAGGGCUGGCAGGCACGUGAGGCAGAGCUUGCAUUGCUGGCAGGUGGCCCAGCUGCCAGGAGAGACCUGGAAGAGAAAACUCAGGGUGCACCAGGAAGCAGUGGAGUGACUCAUGAGGUGUGGUGUGGUGCUGAGUCACGCUCAGCACCCAGACGGGCCCUGCUGAGCUCCCCGUGCCCUCAGCCCUCGCUGCCCCUUCACCCCGGGAUGCCCCUCCAGGUGUCCCCACAGCUGCCUCGCUGGUGCUCUCUGCUCAUGAGAGGUGGGGGGCAGGAGGUGCCAUCCCCUGUCAGCAGGUGCUGGAGAGAGGCAGCUCGCUGGGAGCAGGACCGCUCAUGCCCCCAGUUUCACCAGUUAUGGGGUGAGGAUUUGGCUGCACAAACAAAUCUGAUUAAUUCAGUGGUGAGAAAAAAUGGGGACGUGCCAAGGAACCCCGAGAUGCCAUCCUCAGCUCUCUGGUGCUGUUUCUCACCCGCUCAGCUCACACACUGACUCCAGAACUGUGUGAGAUUCCCUCCUUGGGACACAAAGGGGUUGUUUCCCCAUUCUGGGGGUGAAAUGAGCCCCCCAAGUCAAUGCAGCUGAGAGGCAGCUGCAGCAGAAAGGCUGAGGAGCAGAUGGAUGAGAAGGAUGUGAUUGUGCAAGAGGGAUGCUCAUCCUCUCUGGGCAGUGUUGCAACAUCCCCGUGGGCUGAGCCUGGAGCUGAGGACAGAUGACAGUGACAGGGGACCAUGAGCUGCUGGACCACUGGUGAACAUCUGCCCCAGUGGCUUUGCAGAUGUUCCCAGCUGUAUGAAUCUGGGCUUCACGAUUCCUGGGCAGAUGCUCGUGGUGGGGCAGGCAGAGGUGGACAGCUUGGGGACAAGCCAGCCCACGUGGGACAUCAUCCAUUCCCCACACAGCGAGCUCAGAGAACAUCUUGUGAGCUGAAGGGAGAACCAGCCACAGCAGUUCCCUGACGAGGUAUGGCCAGCAAAUGUGGGGAAAGCAGGAGCUUUCUGCCCAAAUCCAGCCACAAACCCAACAUCUGUUUGAAAUCGGGACGAGCUCAGCUAACGGUUGAGCUCAUGCUUGUCCCCAUUUCCUCCAGUGCAAGGAGAAAAGAAGCAGCCGGGUGAGAGAGAGGGGUUUGUGCUCCCCAAAUUCUGGCUGCUGUUAUCCCAGCUGCUCCCCAGGUUGAUUCUCCAUCCCCUCACCCAAAAAGUUUCCAUUUGCCCACUGUUGCUUGCAAACCCUUCCAGUUCAGCAAAAUCCCUGUCACGGGUGUCCCUUGAGUGUCACCCGAUGUCAGAGCAGCCACUGCCUCAGCCGCCCACCCGAAAUCCCUUCCACAAACCCCCUAACGCAAACCAACUGUGGCAGAAGGAACAAACGAAAACAAUUUAAUAGGGCGAUGGAUCCUCGGGCCCUUUGUUUGCGCUGGCUGUUAACACCAGAGGAGAUGAGGGAUGGAAGCAGUUGAAAUGUGUAUCUGCUUUGGCCGGCGGAAAGUGUGACGGAUGCGCCGGCAGACCAAUGGCUGAGGAUGCUGGGGUGUGCGUGGGUGUGAAAGGAAUGCUUGCUGCAAGAAAAGAUAAAAAAAAAAAAAGAAGAAAGAGCCUUAUCAAUGGUGUUUGAGUCCAAAGUCUGUGUAUUCCUUAGAGAAAGGGUUUCCUCAAUCCCCGGGGAUGAUGUUUUCCCUGCAGUGUGAGAUUUGAGGUUUGUGAAGGUUCAUUUUAGGGGUGCUGGUGCUGUAGGUGUGAAUUUAACCCCACAAAGUGCUCGUGCAGGGGCACAAGUGUGGCUAGUGGCCAGAGGUGACUGUCGUCAGCUCCUCAAGGGAACCUCCUGGGAAAUGAGUUUUAUUUUUGCAGAGGUGCUUAUAAGGCAAAGGGGAGGAAAAAAAUGAGGCCCCACCUCGCUGCUGACAGCACAUCCUCACCAGGAGCAGUGUCACUGCAGUGCUGGUGGCUCUCUCCAUGGUUCAUCCCCUGCUGAUGAGGGCAGAGAUGCUGAGCAGGAAGGUGGAUGUGGGGGCUCUUCUCCAACCUCUGGCUUCUCCCUCUCCUGCAGACCCCUGGGGUUUGGGGGCUCCGUGCAGCCAGCUCUGAGCCCUGCUCUCCUGGGGAGGCUGACAGAUAUUUCUGUGGGUUCCAGGUGGAAAAUGCCCCACUGGGCAGGCAGCCUGAGGAGGGAGGGAAGGGCUGGUACAUCCUGGGGCUGUGGGUGGGGAAUGUCCUUGUCCAGCAGUGGAAGGGCUGGAGAUGUUUGGAUCCCAGCGAGCUGCCAUGGCCCCAUGGGCGAUCUCUCUCCACUUUGAAGUGGCAGAACUUUAAUUAAUUAAAGAAGUGAUUGCAAUGAGGUGUUCUCGUCUUCCUUCCCCCUCCCCUUCUGUUUAUUUGGUGACAUUUUUUAGAGGGAAAGGCAGACGUUGCUGGCUAGCUCAGCUGUGGCUUUG